CCGUGCCUCACCGGGUUGCGCUGCGGAUGGGGAUGGGGGGGCUGUUGAGGAUGGUGGGUCGCUUUAUUACGUCGCUCGGCUCCUCUUGUUAGCAUGUUGUCACCUGCUCGCAGUUAAUAUGGGUCGUUUACAGGAAGAUGAGAAAUAACGGUUAACGUCCCGGCUUCUUCUGCCCUUCUAUGUUAUAUACGAGCCGUUUAUAGCAACUGAUUUCGCUGUCAUUCUAGUAGACUGGGUAUUUUUAUGAGCUUUCGUUGGUAAACAUUGGGCCUGACGUCCCCUGAAGACAGCGACUACCUAUGGCAGACCAAGAUGUUUGUCCUCACCUAGACUCAAUAGGCGAGGUGACCAAGGAGGAACUUCUCCAGAAAUCUAAGGGUACUUGUCAGUCAUGUGGAGCUGGGGGUCCAAACUUGUGGGCCUGUCUACAGAGUGAUUGUCCAUAUGUUGGCUGUGGAGAGUCUUUCUCUGAUCACAGCACCCUGCAUGCACAGGCUAAGAAGCACAACCUGACAGUAAACCUAACAACCUUCAGAAUCUGGUGUUAUGUGUGUGAGCGGGAGGUAUUUCUGGAUCACAGGCCAGCCCUGGUGCCUGUGCCGGUCGCAGUUCACCACUGCAAAGCCGCAGAGCAGGAUGCAGCUCCUCAGUCAGCAGGUCAUCCACUAAAAGCAGUACCAAUUGCUGUGGCAGAAGAAGAAGGUUCCGAAUCAGAAGAGGAUGAGCUUAAACCUAGAGGCUUGACAGGAAUGAAAAAUAUUGGAAACUCCUGUUACAUGAAUGCUGCUCUUCAAGCCCUGUCCAACUGCCCUCCUCUCACUCAGUUCUUCUUGGACUGCAGUGGUUUAGUCCGGACUGAUAAGAAGCCUGCGCUGUGUAAGAGCUACCAGAAACUCAUCUCAGAACUCUGGCAUAAGAAACGGCCCAGCUAUGUGGUGCCUACCAGCCUGUCCCAUGGGAUCAAACUGGUAAACCCCAUGUUUCGAGGUUAUGCUCAGCAGGACACCCAAGAGUUCCUGCGCUGUCUGAUGGACCAGCUACAUGAGGAGCUGAAGGAGCCUCUGACAGAGUGCAGCAUGAGUGCUGAGGGAAGUGACAAUGAGGAAAGAAGGGAUGGAGACCGCUCCCCAUCUGAGGAUGAAUUCCUGUCCUGUGACUCUGGCUCCAGCAGUGAUCGGGGAGAGGGGGGAGGUGUGGGAGACAGUGAGCUGCUCUUGCAGGAUGAGUGCGAUGGGGUGAGGUCACCAAUUGUGGGUACGAUGGCCGUUAAUUCUGCAGCCAUCAUCUCAGAAAAGGAGAGAUUGAAGGAAAAGAGGGUGCCUGGCUCACCUCUUCGUGGAGGCUCACAAGAAAUGGAUGAGGAUGCAGAUGUGGACACAGCAGCUGAGGAAGGGGCUCCUGAGAGGGGGGAGGAAGAGGAGUUAGCACAAAGCCCAAACACUGAGGUGCAAAGUCUAGACAACAGCCAAACAUCUAAUGCAGACCAAGGGGAGGUCCAGAGCAACAACACCCCAGAGCCCGACAAUGAAGCAUCAAUGGUUCAACCUCAAUCCACCCCCUGCAGCCCUGUACGAACUCUUCAGGAGCUGCAUCCCAAACUGUCCUCCAGCCCACCCCGCUCCAGCCCGCUUCGCUCUGUAGGACCCGCAUACUCCUUCAAAAAAGCUCAGCUACUAUUCAGUUCCAGGAAGAAGAAGCAGUCCCACUAUCGCAGUGUAAUCUCUGAUAUCUUCGACGGCUCCAUCCUAAGUCUGGUUCAGUGUCUAACUUGUGACAGGGUUUCCACCACAGUAGAAACAUUCCAGGACUUAUCCCUCCCCAUUCCCGGAAAAGAAGACUUGGCAAAGCUCCACUCCUCCAUCCACCAGAACCUGCCAGUUAAGACCGGAGUGUGUCCUGACUCGUAUGGCUCGCAAGGUUGGAUCUCUUACAUCAUGGACUCCAUACGUCGGUUUGUAGUCUCGUGUAUCCCUAGUUGGUUUUGGGGACCCAUGGUAACAUUAGAGGACUGCCUUGCUGCCUUUUUUGCCGCUGAUGAACUCAAAGGAGACAACAUGUAUAGCUGCGAGAGAUGUAAAAAGUUGAGAAAUGGUGUCAAAUACUGCAAAGUGCUUAAACUCCCAGAGAUUUUGUGCAUUCACCUCAAACGUUUCCGGCACGAGGUCAUGUACUCGUUCAAGAUUAGCAGCCAUGUGUCCUUCCCGUUGGAAGGCCUUGACAUGAGACCUUUCCUGGCUAAAGAGAGUCCAUCUCAAGUCACUACUUACGAUCUGCUGUCAGUCAUUUGCCAUCAUGGCACGGCAGGAAGUGGACACUACAUAGCUUAUUGUCAGAAUGUGAUUAACGGCCAAUGGUAUGAGUUUGAUGACCAGUAUGUUACAGAAGUCCAUGAGACAGUGGUGCAAAAUGCAGAGGCAUACGUGUUGUUCUAUAGGAAAAGUAGUGAAGAGUCAGUGAGAGAGAGGCAGAAGGUCGUGGCUCUUGCCAGUAUGAAGGAGCCCAGCCUGCUGCAGUUUUACAUCUCCAGAGAAUGGCUGAACAAGUUCAACACCUUUGCCGAACCAGGCCCCAUCAGCAAUCACACCUUUCUUUGUCAGCACGGAGGGAUCCCUCCCAAUAAGUACCACUACAUAGAUGACCUGGUUGUGAUUGUUCCUCAGAACGUCUGGGAAUACCUUUACAACAGUUUUGGGGGCGGGCCAGCCGUCAACCACCUGUACAUGUGUGCCAUUUGUCAAGUGGAGAUUGAAGCUCUGGCUAAACGCAGGAAAACAGAAAUAGACACUUUCAUCAAGUUGAACAAAGAGUUUCAGGCUGAGGAGGCGCCAACAGUGAUCCUGUGCAUCAGCAUGCAAUGGUUCAGAGAGUGGGAGAGCUUUGUGAAGGGCAAAGACAAUGAGCCACCCGGUCCCAUUGACAACAGUAAAAUUGGUGUUAUGAAAGGAGGACACAUACAGCUGAAGCAAGGUGCAGACUAUGGACAAAUCUCAGAGGAGACAUGGCAGUAUUUGUUGGGCAUAUACGGUGGAGGCCCUGAGAUUGCAGUGAGACAGACAGUCGCCCCUGUGGACCCUGACAGCCUUCAUGGAGAGAGGAAAAUUGAAGCAGAGACAAGAGCACUUUGAGAUAAAUAGGUCUUCAGAUUUCUCUUUCCACUCUGCCCCUCGCAGAACGCUGAGGAAUUUGCACCUUGGUGAAAAAGGCGCAUCGUGAGCACUUUGUAAAUGUAGCAGAGCAUUAUUAUGAUGCCAAGCCACAAAAGGAGGAAACAGCACUGAAUUAUCACAUAGUAUACACAUUGGCUAGCUCUGAUCUUCAGUGUUAAGGUGUUUUAAAACAGAAAAAAACUAAACAAAAAAAGGCGUGUAAUAUCUCUGGAGCUGUUUUUUGGUAGCUGUGGUGUCUCAGUGGCUGCUGUAGUGACUAGAUGUCAUGUACUGCUUACUUGGCUGUAGCAGGCGAACAGCUGCCGGUGUCACAGUCCAGAACGCUGCAGAGAACAUAACUAUAGACUGAUGUUUAGUGCAAGGACUUUUCUUUUACAUAGGAAAUAACUACUAAGAUACAUUAGCAAACUUUCUGUUUUAUGCCUGUUUACUAGUUACAUAGCAAAAAGGUCAGAAAAGAAGUGAGACAUUUCAAAUAAAUCAAACUUUUGCACCUCCAAUCUCAAUUGAACUGAGCCUUCAGGAAUGGAAGUUUUUUUUUCUUUUUUUUUUGUUCAGUAGAACCAUAAAGGGUAUGUUUGUAUCUACAAAACAUGCACGCAUAGGUUAUAAAAGACCACUUCUUGGCACACAGUGCAUGCAGCUGCAAGUAGGGCAUUUCACUGAUGGUAUUAGAUGCUGAGGUUUUCUUUUUUUCUUUUCUUUUGUUAAAACAGAUAAUUUUAGUCCUGUUUAGUUUAUGCAAGCCUUAUCAUGAAAUAGGCAUAAAGGCAUAUGUAGAUUUGAAUGUCAACAUUUCAUGUUUCACAGAGAAAGGAGCAGGAGAGAUGUACACAUAUAAGGGGCAACAAAAUAUAACUAACUUUCUAUUUCAAGUUUAAAGAGCAACUUUGCAAUUAGUCUGGAGCAUUAAUGUAAAUGUCCAUACAUCAGUUGUUGAUUGAGAUACCUGUGGUUUAAAAUAAUGCAGUUUUUUGUUUUUUUUAAGAUACUUUUAUUACAUACAUCUUUAAAAUCAUGGAUUAUAUAAGCAAAAGCUUGUGUCACGGUAAUCUGUUUAAGAUCUGCAGAUGUAUCUAUACACUAGAACAUCCAUGCAUCCUGAUUUUUACUUGUCCUGCAGAUGAGGCCAGUCAAGGACAAAAUAAGGACAAAGUCAAGAAAUUCUGUCAAAAGUCUACUUUUGUGAAUUGAUUUAAACAGCCAUCACCUCAACGUAGAGCCUCUCUUACAGUGUGUAGUCUUUUUUGCCUAUUAAUGAGAACAAUAAGAGUUGUAGUUUAACUUUCACACAGUUUUUAGCCUUUUAUACUGUUUCACAUGGGACAUUUUCUUGUGUGUCCCUGUUAUAGCAGUGCAAUGGGUCAACAUUUCCUGAUGAAAAAAGUCUUAAAAUGACUUUUACAUCCUGAGCCAGGGCUUCCUCAAACUAGGUCAUGUAUUUUGCAAUCACAUUCACCAGGGGAAACAGUACUCUGCAAUUUCCCCUUCUGUUGCUGUCUUUAAACAAAAAGAUUUUAAAUGUAGUCCUUACAUACAACUCUUAAUAAUCAGUGACAUAAUUUUGUUUGAAUGUCUGCAAUUUAAACAGUCACUCACCUUAACGUUAACAUAUAGUGUAAUUCCUGAACCUGUCGGCUGAAUUUAAUAUUAAAAUUAAUCAGGAAAAUUGACUGUAAUUAAUAUUCAGCCAAAAACUGGUAAAACCACUCAGACGAUGUAAAUAGAUACAAGCUCAGGUCUGAAAGAAUGGUUUGAUAUCUUGGAAAGUAAUCUUGCAGAGAGUUAAAAAAGACCUACAUUUGCAUGUCUUUACAUUAAAGCAUUUAGCUUGUUGACUUGAGGCGCAAUUAGCAUGCUUGCUUACCCACAAAAUCCUUGUACUUGUGCUCUAUUGUUCCAAACCUUCCAAAAAUGCAUUCUAAAUAGUAAAUCUUUAAAUAUUUUAAAAAUUGAUCAUUUAUACAGAAAUUUAAAUUAAAUGCCUAUACUUUGUGGGUAGCUGUUUUCUUGAUGCUAACUCAAGCUAACUACUGGCUUAAGACAACCGUAAAUCCAUAUUUUUAAGCCUUCUACUAAUUUAUUCAAUUUAAUAUUAGCGACCUUUAAGUUGACUUUAGGUCAUUUUCCCCAAAGAAUUUAGCAGUCUCUCUCUGAAAUAGUAAAAUUAAAAAUAAGAUAGUAAGCAGUCCAUAAAAGGUUUUUGACACUUGACACUUAAGAGUGGUUCAUUUCUGUAAACAGAAUAUCAAAAUGGGGAGUACAAUAGGCUACUCUAAACAUGAAGAACAAUGGACAAUUAAAUCCUCUUUUCUUUAUCCUUUUCAGAAGCACAGACUAAAUACUUGACAAGAAACAACUCAAACUUCUUUUAAAAAAAUGGGGUUGCCACCAACAUCUGUGCAGGGCCAAAACAGUAAAAAAAAAAACAAUGUUCUGGCAGCCAUUAUAAAUUACAAUUAUAUUCACUAAUGACAUCAAAAUAUUUAUGCCUAGUGACAUAAUAUGUAUUUUGGUCUUUGGCCCAUAUUAAUCAGUGUCUCCCUGUGUUGUUUCUUUAUCUCUUUAUAUGUUUUCAUAAAGAAAGGUAACUGGCAAGUCUACUUUUUUUAUAAUGUAAGUUUCUCUUUUCACACAUUUCUGGUCUUUAUCUACAAGAGAUAGCAUCCUAUGUUUAAAUACUUUGGGGGAGUACGUGCAAUGAAGUAAGAGAAAAUCUUUGUGCAAUCUUAGUUUUUUAAGAAAUAUUGUACUGCUAUGAAAUAGUAAGAGUCUGAACAGCUGACAGGAGAGUUUUUGGUGGUGCAGUCUAUCAUAGUGCAGUGUUAAGAAGCCUUGAGUGAUAAUUACUGGUACUUAGAUAUUCCCACCUGUGAAGAUGUUUGCUUGUGUUAUGGCACAUAUCUAUGCGUGUGAGAUUUCAUUUAACUUGAAAUACAAGUGCUACUGUGGUUGAAGAGUCUCACAAAAGCCGUGGCACACAGCAGGUUUUAAAUGACUCAUGUUUUCCUUAUAUUUUCCAAUGUGUGGCUUUUGUGGUCAUGACAAAAUGAUGCUCUGAACUGUGAGUCACCACAGUUCACUGGGAUGUCUUAAUGUCUGUAUAACUGAUGUAAUGCUCAUUACCAGUUUUAAUAAUUAAAAUUUCCUGGUAUUUGA